UUGCUGUCCAGAGUUUUCCAUCUGCUUUUGUCGGAUGAUCAGCGUCUUCUGAUUGGACAUGGCUGCCUCCAGCUGGUGCUGCACGCUGCCUGCCGCGAGCGUGCAAACAUACAGUUUGCGUCGAUCACUUGCAGAUUGCGGCGCACCUUCAGCAUCUUGCGCCGGAUCUUCUUCUGCUCUGUUUCUUCGUUCCUUCAGCAACAAACGCUCGGAGUAUUUUGGCGGCCAAGUUUUAAAAAAGUCCGUUUCUGCCGGUGUCAGCAGUGCUGCAAAGCAAGCGUGCAGAAAACCAGUGCGGCUCGUUGCUCAAGCGGUGACUGAUAGGACCAGUUCUGAGGUGGCAGAGAAGAAAGGUGUAUUUGGGGGCUUCUUUGACUGGCUGAAGAACCUCGGGACUGGCGGCGCCCCUGCUUCUGAGACUGCGUCCACGCAAGACGACAUGUUCACCCCCAAAGCCUCCAUCCUAGUUGUGGGGGCCACUGGCAAACUGGGGCGCCUCCUAGUUAAGGAGCUCUUAGAUAGGAGCUAUGAGGUGAUCGCAUUGGUGGCGAGCGAAGAAAGAGCAGAGGAGGUGUUUGUAAAGGAGGGCGGUAUGACAAUGGGGCGCUCUGGGAACGGGCUCCUGACUGCCAAAGUUGGAACCUUGGACGAUGUUGAGUCCUUGAAGGAAACCCUGAAGGGAGUGGAUGCGGUGGUGUCGGCGGCAGGCUCCAGACGAGGCGGUUCCGAGGAGGAGCUGACACGUGGCCUGGCCCAGUUGAUGCGGACGUUUGCUGACCUGUCCGAGGGCCGGGAGGCGCAGCUGCGCGAGCAGGCCAUCUUCGACUUCAGGGGGGCUCCCGCAGGGGAUAACGGCGCCCCCCAGAACGGGGCCGCCCUUGAGGACUGGACCCGCCUGGAUGACGUCAUCAUGGGCGGGAUUUCAGACAGCAGCUUCAAGCAGGAGGGCGGCCGGGCCAUCUUCCAAGGUACCGUGAGGGUAGAGGGGGGCGGAUUUGCCAGUCACAGGGCGGCGCUCCCUAAGACCGACCUCUCCGGCUUUGACGGCAUCUCGCUGCGGGUGAAGGGGGACGGGAAGCGGUACAAGCUCAACAUGAAGUCGACAGUUGAGGCCCCCGAGUUUACAUACCAGGCUAGUUUCGACACCGUGCGAGGCCAGUGGGUCGACGUCAGCAUCCCCUUUGACAGGUUCCGACCGGUUGUGCGUGCCCGCGUCGUAGAAGACGGGCCGAAGCUAGACACGAGCGACAUCAAAACGAUUAGCGUCGUCCUCAGCCGCUUCGAGUACGACGGCUUCCCCAACUACGUGUUCACACCGGGGCCCUUCAGACUGGAGAUCGAGCACAUCAGUGCUUACAAGAAGCCCCGCCCCCAGUUUGUUCUGGUCAGCAGCGCAGCGGUGGAGCGAAGUAACCGGGCGAGGACACCCGAGCAAAGGGAUCGGUCCAUUCCCAUUGUCAAACUCAACCCGGGCGACAUCCUGACGUGGAAGCUGGUCAGCGAGGACAUCCUGAAGGCGAGCGGCUUGGCGUACGCGAUUGUGAGGCCCUGUGGGCUGACGGAGGAGGACCAGGACACGCCCUUUGAACUGGAGGUCGCCCAAGGCGACGCCAUCACGGGAAAAGUGUCGCGAGCUGAGGCGGCGCGUGUGGUUGCGGCGACACUGGACUCGGCUGACACUGUUUACACCACCUUUGAGGUCCGACGAGACGCGCUUACAAAAGGCUUUGACACCACGGACUGGGUGGGCCUUUUCCGGCGACUCCGGCCCGACGUCCUGCCCGGCAUCGUCGCCUUCACGCCCCCCCCCAAGCCGACCGAGGACAAGGAGGACCCCGACGCUAAGAAAGCCGCCGAGGUGGCUAAAGCUCUCAAGCAGCAGGUUGAAGGAGCAAAGGCGGCUGUUUCCUAGAAGGGAGUCGAUACGCUUAUCUUCUGUGAGGAUUGCAUAAGUGUUGCAUACCUAAGCUCCGAUGCACAGCCCAUAGAUUCGGGGCUAGAGAUUUUGCCGUUUCCGAGUUGUGCCUACUUAGAGGCCGCUAUAAUUGUCUUGAUAUGCACGUUGAGGUCUUGCUGAGGACGGUCUAGAAAGGGUGGUCGGAGGCAGUAUGACUGCGUUCUAGAGACAAUCAGACCGGUAGCUUCUCCCGAGCAGUGCAGCAGGCACGCUCAGAGCAGGGGCGGCGGUCGGACAGUACGGCCGGGCGGGUCAGUUGUUGUAGGCGCAUCCGCGCGUUGGUCGUGACUUGUUAUAGAGUUGCGGUCUUGGCCUCGCCAAGCAGCCAUACGGGUAUGCAUAGAAAGUAGAUUUAGCUGAACUUUCAAAAUAAUACUCUUUUACGGAUAAAACAUGUUUCCAGAACCUGGCAAGCUCGUGAAUUACUUCACUUGGCAUAUGCGAAGCGGGUCAUUUCGCCGGAGCG